UAUUGUCACCGUCAUCGUAGUAUGGCAGCCUGCUGAAUCAAAAUUUUUGUCGCACGCUGUCUGGUUCAAACUAGUUAGAACUGCCGUUUCUAAUGUUUACCGUUGCGAAUCGUAGUCAACAUCGAAAUCUAAUAGUACGUUUCAGGCUUGAAGCAUCAAUUUGUGAAAAUGUUAGCGAGCUCUGACACCUGACUACGUUGUCAACAGCUAGUAAGGAUAUUGUUGUGCACGAUUGUUGUGCUGUGUCUGGCACGUAUGCGCUGAAGAGACUUCCUUGCGCUGUGCUCACUGCGAGCCUACAGUAUAAUGCAGCGUUGCCUUGUUUUUGCGAGGAGGAAUCUGCUGACCUGCGGCGUAACCUGCAGUACCACAAGAGCAGCGUCCACUGGGCCGACAGAAUCCAAGAUACUGAAGAAACUGAAGGAAGCCCUCAAUCCGCAAGAGCUCCUGGUUGAGAAUGAGAGCUGCAUGCACAAUGUUCCCAAAGGAUCUGAAACACACUUCCGGGUGACUGUCGUGUCCUCUGCGUUCGAGGGUAAAAGUUUAGUGCAGCAACAUGCCAUGGUAUACGCUGCAUUGAAAGAGGAGCUGAAGAAUCCGGUUCAUGCUCUCGCAGUUGAGACAUCGACGCCGCACAAGUGGCAGUCGAAGACAGGAAAAUCGCCACCUUGCCUUGGAGGGAUGAAGAGGGAAGGCCGAGAAAAAGACUAAAGCGUAGUUGUAGCGACCGUGGUUGUUUACAUAGCUCUAGAGAAAGCUGGUCGUGUGUUACACAGGGAAAAAAAGCAUGCGAUAAUUAUAUAGUUACGCUUGUUUCCUUCAACGGUUAUAUUGUUUUAUAGCGCCAUCAUUUUGUUGAU